AUGAGUUAUUACUUUGCCAUCGUUGGCACUCAGGACAACCCGCUAUUUGAACAUGAAUUCGGCACAUCGAAACAGGGCGGCGAUGGCCAGUCGCGCUUCAGUGAUCAAGUCCGUCAUUUGAACCAGUUUAUCCUACAUUCAAGUCUUGAUAUCGCAGAGGAAGUGCAGUGGUCGCAUGGACAAAUGGGUGUGCUUGAGAGUAGGGGAAGGGGCUUUGCUGCAUCGCGAAUCGAAGUCGACAUUGCUUCACAGAGAGCUGACUUCCUGGCCUUGACAUUAUCUAGGUACCUAAAGUGUAUCGACAAAUUCUUCAACAAUUAUAUCUCAUGCUUCGUCACUGCCGGCAACGUCAAAUUCCUCCUCCUUCAUCAACCCAUCGUCCCGACUGGCACAUCAUCGCGAUCAUCAACCGCUAUCGGCGCCAACCCUACCAGCCAGGCCACAGAAGAGGCUAUCAAGUUGUUCUUUACAGAGGUGUAUGAGAAUUGGGUCAAGGCGAUUAUGAGUCCUUUCUACCGUGCCAACAUGGAGGUACGCAGUCCUAUCUUCAGGACGCGGGUAGCAGCAGCAGGGAGAAAAUAUCUUUGA